UCUCUCUCACGGUCUCUCUCACUCCACGCUCACGCAAUCUUGCAUUCUUCACUUUUGUUGCGUGCGGAAAAUUCUGACACUCUUUUCACAAGGUAUCGUUACUACUACAUCUUGGAUUCUCUUUCAUGUUCUAAAUCUAAUUUUUUUGCAGGGAACCCAUCAAACUGUGAACAUUUUCUUCCACAUUUAUGCAAAGUUAGACCCAAAAUACACGUAUUUUUGUGUUGAAGACUUUGGUUUUCAUGUGGGUUUUUGAUUUAAAUGGGAGCUGGGCAUGCAUGCAAGCUUUUUGUGGAAUCUAAACUUAACAUUUUCCCUCUCUAAGCUUCUACCGUUCUGCAUAUUCAUUUAUUAUCAUUAUCAGCAUCAGCAUCAAAACCGAAGGCAUAUUACUAUGUUUCUGAUAUUUUUUUUUAAUGUGCGUGUUCUUCUUCUUUGAGGUCUAUGCUAUCUUAAAUCUGUUGGUUUUAGGAUACCCACUCGAACCUAGAUUUAUUUUGUUACACAUAUAUAAACACUUGGACACAAAGACACUUGCUUUGAGAUGGGUUUUAUUUAUUUAUUUAUUUUUAUUUAGAUGGCUUUUUCAUGCAAGGAGCUAGGAGAUUGUUGGAACAUUGUGUCUUCUAAAAUUUGUUUGAAGUUUUAGUCUUUAGUUAUUUAGAAUAGUUAUUUCUCUUAGCAAAAAGUCUUUUUGCAGGCAAGGAAAGUUUGAAGAGAGGUAAUAUUUUUCAGGGGCUAAGAAGUACUUUAUGUUACUAGAAUUUCCAUAUUUUGGGUUAUUUUUUAUAUUGAACUUUUGGGAUGUGAUAAAACUAGAGGAAGGAGUUUGGAAAGUGUGGAAAAUGUGAUUGAGAAAAGGAAUGGGUUUGUUGUGGAAGAAGAGAGUAAGAAAAUUUGCAAUAUAUGGAUACAAAUAUCGUGGAACGAGAGUUUCUUUGCAUUGGUUUAAUAGUUUAGACUUUAUGGUGGCAAUUAAGUUGCAGGUAUAGGAUUUUGGUGGUCGCAAUCAUAUUUCAGAGAAUGAGAAGUUUCUGGACACAAUGAGAGUGGCAAACAGUUCUGGUUGGUUGUGCUUCAAAAGGAAGAAAACAGUGUGUGGCAAGGAUGGGAAGAUCAUGGGCAAGAUUUUGUUAGAAGUUUUGUUUCUCUAUUUUCUUUAAAGUGAUGUUUAUUCAGGCUUCACAUAAUUAACAUACGAUGAAGAUUAUGCUAGGGCUUAGUAGGGCAUGCUCCAAGCUUUCUUUUAUAGAAAUCUAAACUCGAAGUUCUCUGGAUUUCAUUGAGAACUUGGCAGCUAAUGGUGACAAGAGAACUAGGGAGGAUCAGAGGAGGAAAAUAAGAAUGUAUCAAAGAAGCAAAAGCUGGAUAAAUCUAUGGAGGAGGAGCAAUUUGUGAGGCUUAAAAAGAUGAAAAAACAGGAGGAGGUGGGUCCUGUUAGGUUGGGUCCAAAGACUUUUGUUUCAGCAGUGGAGAUGUUCGAUUUUUUCUACAAUUUCCUUCAUUUUUAGCCUCCCAAUCUUAAUGUCAACAAGUUUGAGCACAUGGUUCUAGUGGAGUUGCUUAUGCAGGAUCAUUUGGAGCCUGAAAAAAAGAUUGGUUGUGGGAUCCAAGCUUUCCAACUCCGUUUUCGUCCAAUGUGGAAGACACAGUGCAUCUUCCUCAUUUGGGAUGAUGAGUUUGUUGAUGAUUUCAGUUUCUGGAAGUGCACGGAUAAUAUUCUUCCCCUGCCUGAGGACAUGAGAAUAAACUCUGAUGCCAGCCUAUCUUCAGGUGGUGGUAAGAGUCGCAAAAGGAAAGGUGGUGGUGUGAGAAUAGGUGAACACAACCAUGGAAGAGGUGGUAAAUCAAGAAACUGAAUCAUUGUCUUUGAUUUACCUGGGGUGAGAGGUUUCAAAAUGGGGGUAACUUUCCAUUGUCUGCACGUUGAUGUGAUUAUAUAAACAGAUUCCAUAUGGCAUUUAGUAGCCUCAGUUUGUUACUCAUGAGAGAUUAACAAGUUUAAAUCUGGACCAUCCUUUGUAUGUCGAUAAACUCUUUUGAUUUACUCAACUAAGGAAUUUCAACUGAAUUUCAUCCAGGUAUUGCAAAUUGCUCAGCUCUGUGUGUGUGCACUUCUAUGCCUCUAGCUCCUUCACUCUUUCCCAUUCUGAAUGAAAAUAAUGAUGUAUGCAGUCUCGUGUGUUUUACCAUGUGAAUAAACAUGACAUGAUGGCUUUUGUGAAUUUUAACUUGCUCCUAUGCAUACUCUGGUCCUUCAUUGUCACGUUGGUCUUAUUCAAUGUGAAUCAUUGCCAUUUAACUCCCAACACACAUACAUAUGCAUGCAUACAUGUGCUUCAGACCUUUUGAGUUGGUCCUGUUGUAAUGAUCUAGUUAUGUGAUUCACAUGAUUACUUGCUAAAGUUAACCUUUGUCCAUAUUUCACUGAUUGCCUCAAGCUAAUGUGUUAUUCAGAUAUUGCACAGUUUGUAAUUAUUGUACAUCUUGGAUGGAUUUAUAUUUAUGAACGUGAUGUGAAUUUUCCAACUUUGGAAUGGGAAAUCUCCAACUAGUCUAUGCUCAGCUUCUGCUGCGUCAUCUGAGUGCUUCUUUACUGUGAGGCUUUGCAUAAUCGUAAGCAUGUUAUCGAGAAUGAGGUGCACUAAUGCUUGUUUGCCACUUUCAUUCAGAUAUCAUGGAUCCUCAAUUGCCAAUGGAAAAGGUAUCUUUUGGCCUAAAUUCUACUGAGGAAAAUAACAAGAUAAAUGUAGUUCUAGUGGCAACUGGCAGUUUCAAUCCUCCAACUUUUAUGCACCUGCGAUUGUUUGAGCUGGCAAGGGAUGCAUUGCAAUCAGAGGGAUACCAUGUCAUUGCAGCCUACAUGUCCCCUGUCAAUGAUGCAUACAAGAAAGCAGGCCUCAUUUCUGGGGAACAUAGGUUGCAGAUGUGCAGCUUAGCCUGUGAAACUUCUGAUUUUGUAAUGGUUGAUCAAUGGGAGGUAAACCAAAGCACUUACCAACGUACUUUGACUAUUUUGCAAAGAGUCGAGAGUUCAUUUACUAAUGGUAUGAAAAUGUCCAGAGAAUCCCUUAAAGUCAUGCUUGUUUGUGGUUCUGAUUUACUCCAGUCCUUUAGUAUUCCCGGGUUUUGGAACCGUGAUCAUGUAAGAACCAUAUGCAGCAACUAUGGUGUGGUUUGCAUACGCAGAGAAGGACAAGAUAUUAAGAAGAUUAUAUCUGAUGAUGAAAUUUUGAAUGAAAACAAGGGUAAUAUCAAAGUUACAGAUGAUCUUGUACCAAACCAGAUCAGUUCAACGCGAGUAAGGGAAUGCAUUUCAAGAGGGUUGUCCAUAAAGUACUUAACUGCAGAUGGAGUGAUUGAUUACAUUAGAGAAAAAGGUUUGUACCUGAACUAAGAUGAGAAAAAAGAUGAUUUCUAAUCAUACUCGAAGCCUUAUGCAUCAACUAUAUUUCUCUACGUAUUUUAAGCAGUCAGAAUUUACUUAAUGAAGCACCGCAACAUGAAACUACAUA